CUUAACGAAUUGGAGUUGCGCUUGGUGCAACGCUGGGAGGAAAAUCGCUACACGCAGGCAAGUAUUGUCGGCGCUAAUGAGGAACGCUCAUUACAACAGCAAAUCGAUGAUUUACGCCGACGUAUUGCAGGUGAAGAGUGCAUUAUAGUCCAAGUGGACAAGUUUAGUGUGAAAUAUUUUGCGGAGCUAAAUGCGAAAAUCUCCGCUUGGCAGCAAAAGUACACGCGUGUAAUGGAGAUCAAAUGCACAGAGACACAAGCGAAAGAGCGUCAAAUACUGAAGUUGCAAAAGUCAUUGGAACGCCAUCGGGAAACGUACGCAGAGAGACAAAAAUUCGUGCGCGAUUACUUGGCUGAGAAGGAAGUGGAGCGGCAGUUGUAUGAACAGCAGAUAUACCGUGUGGCAUGCGCAGUGCAGAUUCAAGCGUGGUGGCGUGGGCUAAUGGUUCGCCGCGGUCUGGGGCCAUUCAAAAAGAAGAGCAAAAAGGGCAAGAAAGGAAAGG